AUGGGAUACAAGAACAAGCUAUUGCUAGCUUGUAAGAAAGGAGAAGCAAAUGGGGAAAAGCUGUCCAAGAAGAAGGCACCAGAUAUCCAUAGCAUGUCAGACAUUGUUUCUCUGAUAAACCUUAGUAAUGAAGAGAGAAAAGCAAAGCUUGUAUCAAAAUAUGUCGAAAUCAUCUCAGAGUUUAUAUUGUACAAAGCAAGGAAGAUGUCAGGUGAGAAAGAAAAAAUAUCUACAAACGAUAUAAAAAAUGUUAUUGUCUCAGAGGGUUUGCUCUUCUUGUCUGACAUCAUUGGCCUCAAUAAACAAUAG